AUGUUUCGGUCUCUGCAACGCCUCCUUUGCUUUUCCUUGCCUAAAGAUCUCGACGGGACAGAUUCAACAUUCAACACCACAAAGAGCGUCAUUCGCCUCACCUCACUCCGAAAGUCCACUACCUCGACCCAUCGUCCAGCACCCGGGACACGAGAGCAAAAUGCAGCAACGGCAACGGCACGCCCGGUUUCUCCCACGUACAGUACAACCAGCACCCGUAACUAUACCCUCGCUUCAGAUGCAGAGACCCUGGUCACCGCUGCCACUUCUGCAACCACUCAAACCUCCUCCUUGUCGCCCGAAGCGGUAGUCAGCCUAGACACCAUUCCAUCUUGGGAUAACGGUACACCGUAUAUCCCGAUGCUGCAGCCGGAUGGCUCGUUGAGACCGCCACAAAUAGCAUUUGGUGGCUAUGGCACCUUCGGGGGCCAGUUCGUUCCGGAAUCUAUCAUGGGAUUCCUUCACGAGCUGACCUCGGUCUUUGAAGCCGCCGUCUCAGACCCCUCCUUCUGGGCGGAGUACGCCACUUUCCAGCGCCCGCAGUAUACGCCGUUGAUGUUGGCCAGCAAACUAACAGAUACCGCGAAGGGGGCCAAUAUCUGGCUCAAAAGAGAGGAUCUGAAUGAUUACGGCAGCCACAAGGCCCGCAAUGUCAUCGGCCAGCUCCUGCUGGCACGUCGAAUGGGCCGUACUGAAGUCGUCACUGACUGUGCGGCAGCCAAACAUGGUAGCUUCACCGCGGCAAUGUGUGCGCGUUUUGGGCUGCGAUGCGUGAUUAUAAUGGGCGAAGAUGACGCACACGCGCAGGAAGAAGAUGUCCUCGAGAUGAAGAUGCUCGGGGCAAAGAUCCUGACCGCACGUACUCCUUCUGGCAUGGGCUCGCUGCGUGCUGCAAUCACCGAAGCACUACGCUAUUCGGUCUGCAACUAUGAGACCGUGUAUUACCUGAUGGGAGGCCCGGUGGGUCCUAGUCCCCUGCCAACCCUGACUCGCACGUUCCAGGCGCUCCUCGGUGAGGAGGUCGCAGUCCAGAUGCACGAGGCAGCCGGGUGCCGGCCGGAUGCUGUCGUCACCGCCGUUGGCAGUGGCUGCGGCGCGGUUGGACUCUUCAGGCCUUUUCUCGACUUAUCUGGCAUUCGCUUGGUCGGAGUGGAGGGUUCCCAGGCGGCUGCGUUGACCGAGGGCUCAAUGGGUGUUCUCCAGGGUUCGCGAACGUUGAUGCUUCAGAAUGAAGACGGGCAGAUCAUCGACUCUCACUCAAUCUCGCCAGACAUGAACAUUUCGACAGUGGGGCCCGAGGUGGCUCAUUGGAAGAGCAUUGGGCGGAUUGAAAUCCGGACGGCGACCGACGCGGACGCCCUGGACGGGUUCAAAAGUCUGCACCAGCACGAGGGGAUCGUGUCUGGGCUGGACUCGAGUCACGCGGUAAAUACGGCCAUGGCCUUAGCGAGGGAGCUGGGGCCUGGCAAGAAUGUGGUUCUGAUGGUGACGGGGGCCGAUGGCAUUGGGAUGCAUGCGAGGUUGGAUGUUUGA